CGACAUAACCCAACCCGGCGUCGCGGAAUGGCGCUUGUUGAUUCAAGCUAUUCAGCCUUGGGCAAGAGGCUUGGAGCAAGUGAUGAUGUCCAACAGACUGUGACGAGUAUGUUGGCGGAGCUGACUACAAAUUAUAAAGAUGAAUACACUGGUGACCCAAAGGUGUGGUACUGCGCUUUGCUGUACACUGUUACAGUCGACAAGCGCUAUCCUUAUGGGAUGCUGGACUUACACGCUGAAAAUGGUGACUUGUCUUAUCCGACUCCAACCGUCAUGGACCUGCUCAAGGAGGCUGAUGUAAACAUGGCAACAUUCUUCCAGAAGCUGCGUGUGAUCAAAGAAUCAUGUAAAUUAAGUGAAGCUGUCCUUCAGAAUAUCAUCGACUUGGAACGGAAUUACUGCAUCGUCUCGGCAAUAUAUUUCAAAUAUGAGAAACUAUUUGAUAACAUCUUCAGACCAGAGGAGAAAAAUCCUGGGAAACUCCUUGUGACAAAGCGUCUUUGCUGGUCCAUCUUUGUCCUGGCAAGAUCUAGUGGAUGCUAUAGCCAGGAGCUGGUGACGGUCUUCAGUUUACUCCUGUGCUGUUUAGAGAGUGUCAUGCAGGAAUUCCAGUCGUUUCAGUUGCUGGAACCAUUUGAUACAACGUUACGUGAGUCAAGAGAAGCAGACGAUAAUACGAUGUUGCUGAAGCAGCUGUGCGAGACGUUUAGUGCCAGUUACGAAGAAACAUACGAUCUGUGUGAAAGUCAUUGGAAAGAAUUUGCUGCUGAUAUUCCAAAAGAUGAGAACGGAUUUGAUAUAACAAAAAUCUACCAGAUGUGUGUCUCUUUUUACGAACGGGACGGUGACUUUGAUUCCCUGCUCUUCCUCACCCAUGACCCAUACUUGGUGCCAGACCCCCGUACGAGUCCCUUGAGGGCGAAUGUUCCCUAUACCCCUGUCACUUCAGCGCUGACCACAGUGCAGGCGUUGAAGGCUAUCCUGGCCGAUGCUGCUGAUUCACCUAAUGAAGUAUUACAAGUUUUCUUCAAGUCAUGUGCCUCUGAUCCGAGUGAAACGAUCCAGAAUAGAGCCAGGGAAUUAGAAGAUGCAUUUGUGUGUCACUUUUGUCGGGAGCUUGGAGCAACCGAGGCGAGCAUCGCCAGAAUCAGAAUGAAGAUGGCGCUGAGGUUAUAUUACAGGGUUAUGGAAGCAUUACUGAGAUCUGAAGAAGAGCGACUGCAUACGAAAGACUUUAGUCAGUUGUUGUCAACGGAUUCAUUCCACAAGUCCCUGCUGGCCUGCUCUGUUGAGGUGGUCAUGGUGACGUAUGGACUCUCAUGGAAGCCCACUCUAGCCUCACCGGGCUGCCAGACACACAGUCUUGCCUUCCCCUGGGUCUUGGAGGCCUUCAAGCUCCGUGCCUACAGCUUCUACAAAGUCCUCGACAGCUUCAUCAAGGCCGAACCACAACUUCCAAGUGACAUAAUCGAUCAUCUCCACGGUAUUGAAAACCAGAUCCUUGAAUCUCUCGCCUGGAAAGAAGACUCUCCAUUGUUUGAUGUGAUGAGAGCCAGCUGUCCCGAGCAGACAUCAUCAUCAUCGGUGCCGGUCACCUUGGCAUCUCCUGCAGCAGCAUCCACUUCUGCACAAACAUCCCCGGCUCUACUAUAUGCAUCUCCAAUUCCAUCCCGAGCAUCCACAAGCCAUACUAGUUCAGCCCCGGCAGCCCUUGCCUCUCCCCCAAACAAGAUCUCAAAAUCGGUAUCCCUCAACCACUUCUUCAAUACAGUCUGCCGCCUUGCGUUCCAACGGUUGAAGUUCCUGUGCUCACAUUUAGAGAUUCCCAGGGAGUGUCUGCUCAAGAUCUGGCUUUGUCUGGAGCACUGUAUCACGCAUGAACCUAACCUCAUGAAGAAUAGGCAUGUGGAUCAGAUGAUAAUGUGUUCCAUUUACGGCCUGUGCAAGGUCGCCACGGAGGAAGUCAAGUUCAAGACGAUCGUCAACGCAUAUCGGGCGCUGCCUCAUUCAUCUCACAGCGUCUACAAGAAUGUGCUUAUCAAAGGCGAAGUUACAGACUCCAUUAUCAUUUUCUACAACCGCGUGUUUAUCCCGGCGAUGAAGGCAUUCAUUCAGCGCUUCAAUCCACAAAAAGCUGCCGGCAGCUCACCCAUGUCUCCUACAGCUGUCCUUUCUCUAAAAGCAACCACCGCGUCUUCCCCAGUGACUUCCAUUGCUACUCGAAACAACAUCCAUCUCUCACCGAUGAGUGAAUCUCCAUUCAAAAUCCCGUUGACACCGUCCAGAAUGACGCCAAGGACGAGGAGAUUGUACAGCUUUGGAGAAAACUUGGGGCAAUCCGAGAUCCUGAAAAGUAUUAAUGAGAGUAUGAACAGAUACCAGGCUUUGAAGAGACAACCCACUGCGUCCAAGGGUGCACCGCCAAAGAGCCGGAAGCGAAUCAAAUUUGAUACUCCAGCUGAUGAAGAAGGAGAAGAGACUGCGUCAGGAACUGCUGAGACGAAUACUCCUGCCCCCAUUAAUCCAGCUACCAAAGAAACUGCUGAAUGUGCUACGGAGAGAGCCCAAGCCAACAUCGAAAACAAUCAGUAAAAUCAAGUGCAAUGACGUUAGUUAGGCUGUACCAAAGAUGUUCGACAUGUCUUUCAAGGCUCUUGUGACUACGAGACUUACUGAAGUGGCCUGCUUCAUUAUUUAUGGGUCUGUGGUGUCUUCAUUCUGUAAACCUGAAAGCAUUCGGACCUACUUAUUUUGUGUUUACUUUAGUUGACCCAAUCUUCAGACAUUGACAGAAAACUAUGUGUGCAAUGAACUGUCCAGAUCAUGUGUCUAGUUGAUCUAGUUUGCUGUGCAAAUAUUUGCAUAACUUGCUCGGUUUAUGAUAGAUAACUUCAAAGUCAUAUUUUCAGCCUCGCAUACUGUAUUUUCAGCCUCGCAUACUGUGACUAGACUCUACAUUUACAAAUUUUAGACUUUUAUGUUUUAAGUAGCAUUAUAGUAUUAUGAUCUUCCUUUGAGGAAUUUCAGCUCUACGAUCGGCAGAAGUAAGGACAAAAUUUCCAGAUUUUGUUUCUGGUUAUGCCUGCGCAAUAAUUAGAACUGCAGCAGGUUCUGGAAUGGACUUGCAUAGCCAGAUACGGAAUGCAUCUGGAAUUUUACUCUCCAAUUAUAGUCCGUCGUGGAGCGGAUUUUAAGUCCUCAUGGGGGUAUGAACUGUUGUCUUUUUAUCGUAAAUUAAUUAUUGUCGUUGCAUUAUGAUCAUUUUAAAAAUGAAAUUUGUAAAUUAAAUGGUAUGUGUAUUAAAUGUUUCAGUGAUUAUAAUUUAAGCUGCUUAGAACUGACCUUAUAUGUGAGCCAUCACACCAAAAUAAGCAGUAAGUCGCAUUUUCCCUUUGGAUUUCAAACUAUCUCAUCUUUUUCUUCAUUUAUUAUCAUGAAUAUUGUUUACAUUUAUGUUCAAAACAUUUAUAUUGAGAAAAAAAAUAAAGAAAU